AUGCCCAACCGCGGAAAGUGCACCAACAGCAUCACCAACCCCAACUGGACUCAGUGGAAGAAGGCAAACCCGGGCAACAAGCUCAACCCCAACAUCGAGAAGAUCGCCUGCCCCUGCCGGGCCUUUGUGGCCAAGGACGCGUCUAAGCCCGACAAGAAGUGCACCUGCAACCACGACAACAAGCUUCACAUGCCUUGA